AUGUACACAAUUUCGUCUACUUUCAUGAAGAAAUGUAUCCCUAAACCUGCAAUUUAUUCACUUGCCGAAAUCGCCAAACCCACCUUUCUACCACCUCUCUCCGCCCUAAAACUAGCUAACAAUCCACCGGAUAUCUCCUUAAAAAAUCCACCGGAAUUCCCAUCUAAGCCACCACCGGAGCUUGAUUUCAGUGUGCCACAGGAGUUGCCAAGAACGCCAAACGUCCCUGACUUCGAUCCCAUUCCUCCCGAAAAGCCGGCGGAUCCUCCCCCGCUUUCACCAAAUCCGACACCAGAGUUUCCAGGGCCACCGAAUCCAGAUCCGGAGAUCCAACCACCAGGGCCGGAGAUCCCAGAGCCGCCAAUGACUCCUGGUGGUCCUGAGGUGGUUCCACCAACAACACCGGAAUGGAUGCCGCCGAAGCCGCCGGAUGUGGGGCCGGAACAUCCAACCUUACCAGAUAUUCCAUUACCUUCUGCUUGA